CCCCGCCCCCCAGGUCUAAACGCUCAUGCUUUCCAGCCUGUUGCUGCCAAACCAGCUUUCAGUCUCAAUUGCCACUCUGUACCGUGCGUAAAGGGUGACCUUUAAACUCAGGUUAUGACUCCUCGUCAGAGUUGUUCUUCGAUAUGAAGGACAGCCGAUCUUAGAGCGGAGUGUGGAGAAAACUGCAGCUCCCAUCCUCUGAAUGCAACUCAUCUUUCUGACUUCAGCUGCCUCAGAACUUGUUCAAGCCUUUAACUGUCGGGUAUUCUCCUCCGUUUGACUGCCAGCUGCGUGCGUAAACCUGUCCGGGAUGGUCUUCCUGGGCACACCGGGAGCUGCUGCAUGGAAAGCAACGCUCUUCCUCCUCAACCUCUCAGCUGUUGUCGCCAAGAGACACGUGGUUUACUGGAACUCCACAAACACAAGGUUAGCAGCAGGAGAACUGUCCGUCCAGGUGAAUCUGACUGAUUACCUAGACAUCUACUGCCCCCACUACCCCAGCAAGGAGACCCCAGGUGCUGACGAGGCAGAGACACUUGACCUGUACCUCAUAGCCGAGGAGGCGUUCCAGGGCUGUGUGGAGACCAGGGGCUCCAUCAAGAGGUGGGAGUGCAACAAUCCUAAUUCUACUUUCGGACCGGUGCGCUUCACGGAAAAGAUCCAGAAGUUCACCCCCUUCUCGCUGGGCUUCGAGUUUAUUCCUGGAAAACAUUACUACUACAGCUCUAUUCCCACAGAUGAAGGCCCUCCUCGCCCAUGUAUGAAGCUGCGUGUCACAGUGUGCUGCGAGCCCCCUUCAGAGGGUUCAAAACAGAUCCAAGACACAGCACGUCAAAAUGGGGUUUCGUCUUUAAGAGCAACUUUUCUUCCACUCCUCAUCCUUUUCUUGAUGACAACUUGAUUGGACCAUCAUCAUCUUCACUGUUGACCUGUUUUUUCUGGGAGUGCUCCAACAGACAUUUAAAAACCAGGGCGAAAAUUACACUUUAAUUUUUCACUGCAAAUAAAUCUUUGGUUUAGCUCAAGAAAAAAAAA